AUUCCAUUGCCAUUUCAUUGCAUCACUUCAAAACUAAGCAAAGCCAAUAAAACCUAAUGGAAGAAGCAUCUACUCUUUCCUCCAUGAACAAACCACUCACCUUCAAAUUGGAACCAAUCAUCUUCUCAUCCUCUACAUUCACAUUCCUCUUCAAAACCCUAAUUCCCCCAACCUUCUUCAUCGAGAAGAAAUCUCACCAAUAAUGCCCAUUCAGAGACUUAAUCCCAAAGGCAAAGAAGACGAACUUCAUCAACUUGAAAGAACCUACUUCGACGCGGUAAGGUGUCAAAUUUCAGCUCCCCCUUCAAUAAAUCAAGGGAGGAAAUGUUGAAGAAGAUGAAGAGGCUUCAAAGAUCUGUCACCAAAAUUAUAAAUAAAGCCAUCAAGAAGAAGAAGAGGCCUCCUCUACCUUCUCCUGCUCCGCUUCCUGUUCCUCUUCCUCUUCCUGUUCUUCCGCAUCAACCUUCUUCAUCUUUCGCUAAGAUGCCAUCGUCCCAUCGCAGACCCUAUCUUUUUCCCCAAACUAACUCACCAAUCCUUCCUGACCCAUCCACCUUCUUCUCCCCUCACCUCCUCUCUUCCCCUCUCCCCACCAACUCGUUCUUCCAAAAUUUUGUAUUAAAAAAUGGCGACCAGCCUGAAUAUAUUCAUCCUUAUCUCAUAAAAUCCUCCUCCUCCUCCCUCUCCAUCUCCUUUCCAUCACGCUUUGCCACUUCCUCGUUCAUCUACCAAACCUUUGUCGCUGACCUUACCGUCUCCUCUCCUUCUUCCCAGUCUAACCACAUCAUCUCCUCCUUCGACGACCUCAGUGUAACCCUAGACCUCCCUCCUUCUCUGCGCUUCUUCCUUGUCCGCGGAAGCCCUUUCAUAACUUUCUCCACCCUUGCUGCCGCCACUGAUCUCUCUAUCUCCUCCAUCCAUGCCUUCCUCUCCGUCGUUCCCAACUCCUCCUUCACUAAACACACCUUUCAACUCAACAGCGGACAGACUUUUCUCUGCUACUCCUCCUCCCCGAUCAAAUUCCAGCAAUCAGGCACUACACAGCUCACCGCCGCCGGCUUUUCCGGCGUUGUAAGGCUCGCCUUCCUCCCCGAUCAAAGCUAUGAGACAAUUCUUGAUCAGUACUCAUCGUGUUACCCUGUCACGGGUAAGGCUGUUUUCAGUAGGCCGGGGUACCUUGAGUACAGGUGGGAGAAGAAGGGGUGGGGUGAUCUUCUUUUGCUCGCUCAUCCUCUUCAUCUCCGACUCCUCGACAGCAGCGGAUCCUCCGCCGCCGACGUGAUGGCGGAGUUCAAAUAUCGGAGUAUCGACGGUGAUUUGGUGGGUAUUGUCGGCGAUUCUUGGUUGUUGAAAACGGAUCCGGUGUCGACCACAUGGAAUUCGACAAGAGGGGUCAGCGAAGAUGGUUUACAAGAGAUCGUUACUGCUUUAACUAAAGACGUGAAUGCUUUGGAUACUUCGCCGAUUCAAACUACUUCAUCUUAUUUUUAUGGUAAGGCGAUUGCCAGGGCGGCAAGAUUGGCUCUUAUUGCAGAGGAAGUUGGCUUCCCAGAUGUAAUUCCCACGGUUCUGAACCUCCUUAGAAGAUCUAUAACCCCAUGGCUUGAUGGAAGCUUUAAUGGAAAUGGAUUUCUCUAUGAUCCCAAAUGGGGUGGUCUUCUAACCAAGCAGGGGUCCACAGAUUCUGGUGCCGAUUUUGGCUUUGGUAUCUUCAAUGACCACCAUUACCACCUUGGCUACUUCCUUUAUGCAAUUGCUGUGCUUGUCAAGUUUGAUCCAUCAUGGGGGAGGAAGUUUAAAUCUCAGGCAUACUCAAUAAUGGCAGAUUUCAUGAACUUGUCUGGAUCAAAUUAUGCGAGAUUACGAUGUUUUGAUCUCUGGAAGCUGCAUUCUUGGGCUGGGGGGCUUACAGAGUUUGCCGAUGGACGCAAUCAGGAGAGCACGAGCGAGGCAGUGAAUGCUUAUUACUCUGCGGCGCUCAUGGGGCUGAGCUAUGGCGAUACCCAUCUGGUGGCGAUCGGGUCUACGAUUGCCGCCUUUGAGAUUGCCGCAGCAGAGACAUGGUGGCAAGUGAGAGAGGGAGAGGGUAUAUAUGAGGAGGAUUUUAGUAGGGAGAAUAGAGUGGUGGGGGUUCUGUGGGCAAAUAAAAGAGACAGUGGGCUCUGGUUUGCUCCGGCUGAAUGGAAAGAGUGUAGGUUGGGGAUUCAAGUUCUGCCAUUGUUGCCGAUAACGGAAGAUCUCUUUAGGGAUGUUGGGUUUGUAAAGGAUCUGGUGAACUGGACAUUGCCUGCAUUGACAAGGGAGGGAGUUACUGAUGGUUGGAAAGGAUUUGUGUAUGCAAUGGAGGGAGUUUAUGAUAAGGAGGAUGCUUUGUUGAAGAUUAGGAGUUUGAAUGGGUUUGAUGAUGGGAACUCACUGUCAAAUUUGCUGUGGUGGGUUUAUAGCAGAGCAGAAGAGGAUGAGGGAGGACUGAGAGGUGGUUGGUUUGGCCAUUACUGUCACUGAUUGAUUAGGCUUUUGCUCUUAUUGUGGUUAAAUGAUACAUUCUCGUGAGUGAUGAUUGCUUAUGAGAAAAAGGUUUGGAACUGCAAGAAAGAAACUGAAAUAAAUAUUUCAUGUAGAUUAUAUUUGCUUGUUUUCUUAUUGCUUUUAUGUUAAUCUGUGGCUUGUGCUAUGAAUUGUAUUAAUGCUCAGUUAAUCUCUUUUAGUUGUGACAGAAAAACUGGAAGUGUUUUCUUA